UGUCCAUUCCUGGACACUCAAGGACUCAUGCGAGUGGGUGGCCGACUUCAAAAGGCCUCUAUCGAUUAUAAGGCUCGCCAUCCCAUUUUAAUGCCUAAAAAUCAUCCAGU